AGAGAUGAAAGAUUUAAUCUGCCUCCCUAUGUUCGACUACCAAUCAUCUCCAUGGGCACCAGUUUAUUCGGUUUCAUUUCUGGCUGUUAUGAGGGUUAUUCCAAGGCAAGUUUGAGGUAUUUGGCUGAAAAUUCUCAUCGGUUACCAAGAAAUGUUAAAGGUUGGUACUUUUAUCACAAGAGAAAAAACUAUUACUGCUUGAAAGAGGGAAUGGUCGAAGGCUUUAAGUAUUCUCCAAAGAUAUCCUUUAUAAUAACCAGUUAUUUCUCAUUUGAAGCUCUACUAGACACCAUCAGACAAAAGAAGGAUUUUUUGAAUUCUGUCAUCUCCACUACAACUUUCUGCUACGCUUAUGCUCAUUAUGUUAAAUUGAGCAAAUAUCAAAAGAUUAACAUGGUUAAAAAGGGUCUGAAAUUUGGGUUGGCCUUUGGUUUAAUACAAGAUUUCUUCAUCUACAGAAGAAAUGGUAACCUCUGGUAUUUA